AUGGCCCCGUUCCUCCAAACCCACCAGCCUAGCUACGCCAGCCGGAUCAAUGAGAAGGGCCACCGCAUCAGCACGCUCACGUACCCGGGCCACCCGUUCUCGCCGCACCUGUGCGCCGUGAUCGCCCGACUGCCCGAAGGGUUCGCGGAAAUGGCACUAAGUCGCGGCGUGGCCGUCGAGAUUAUUAGCUUUCUCGUCAAAUUGACGGAGCUAAUAUCCUGGAUCGCGACCGGGGAGGAUGCCGGAUCUCAAUCAACAGCACCACCACCACCACCAGCAACGAACGACAGCGCCGCGUCAGCACCACAUCGCCCCGACAUGACGAUACAACGCGCAAUCUACGACCUCCAAUGUCUUUCAGCCCUACCACUAACGCCGCCGGAGGCGCAAAUGGUCCGUGCCCUCCUCGCCUUCUGUCUCCACCUAUACAACGAAACUUCCUUCCACAUCCCCUUGGCGCGACCACUCCGGCCCCUGCUUGAAGCGUUCAACGAAACCACAGAGCUGCCGCGCCCGCCAUGGCUCCAGCGGUGCCUGUACUGGUGUGCCGUGGUGGUGGCCAGCGCGUGGGACACACAGAUCGACGCGUCGCCCGAACGGCACGUCGUGCUCGACAAGUUGGCCGCCCGGCUGCCGGAGGCGAGGUGCUGGGCGGAUACCGAGGACUUGAUGCGCAAGUUCUUCUGGUUGGACAGGCUGGGGGAUGAGUGGGAGGUGUGCUGGCGGGCUGCGGCGUUUCGGAAUCGAAGGCACAGGAGGGGAGCCUCGCAGAUUGCGCCACUUUCGCGUUUGGGUGAUCGCGACGGCCCAGCGGGAGUCGGAGACGCCUUCGAUGGGUGA